GAGAAUUAGACCUACUACUGCUUAAAAAGAUAUUUUAGAAAGGACAAGGAUUUUCUCAUAUGAUUAGAGAGAGAGCACCGAGUUUCUUUGAUUUUCGCUCUGCCAUGGAACAGAGACAAUCGAGAACCAACGCGUUCCGCAUGUUUCUUUUGUUCAACAGGAUCCAAUAGCAGGAAGAGCAACCCUCUUUUUUCGUUUCAGUAAAAAAAUCAAUGAAAACCACUACUCGAAAAACGGUAUUGCGUAAAUUUUCAUCGACCUUGACGUAAAAAGGCGACACUGAAAGUCAUUGCAUUUUUUUCAAAGGAGGAAGAUAGAAUCGCAGCAAUCAAAUAGCAACUCGUCUAGAAAAAAAAAAUACUUUAUAUUUGAGACCUUAUAUUUUCAUUUGGUCGCAUUAUCUCCACCACGCACUCGGAGCUGAAGACCACCACAGACUCCAAAAAAUCAUUGUUGCCUCUGUGCUGUCGCGGGAAGGCGAACAAAAACGCUGACUCCUGACAGAUUACGUCUGAGUUGCAAGAUGGGAGACGACGGCUAUUCCGCAUCGCAAUUACGGUAUGGAAUUUUCUCUUCUAGUUCUCGCGCGUAUUAAUUCUUCUGUUCGAACAGGAAGGCAAGACAAGAUGGGGAUGGAAAAUGUCCAAGAUGAAACAUGGCCUGCCGUGCGUGUGGAGAAGCAUUUGCCCCUGUUUUAGUAAAAAAAAACUCAAACGUCUAUGUGCAUGUCACUCGGUGGAACAGUAAGUACAACAGUGCUUCACAAAACGUUAUCAGGUCGCGAUAUGGGCCGGGAGGGAGUGAAGGCGAUGCGAGUCUCUCGGCGUCGCAGUUGCGAUCCAGACACGGGAUCAAUAACCGUAUAAUCGCAGAAGUAGACCUGCUCAUGUUACUUUUGAUCUUCAACUUUUUGCCAAUCAGGAAGGCUGCUAAUUUACGUACUGGCUAGAUGAGAAAGAUGGCAACAUGACUUCGACUGCAUUUUUACGAUCAUGGAUGUGAAAGCAAAAGUUAUUGCAGUAGCCACACGCACGCGAGGGCGAGCUAUAAAUUUCCAAAAAUAUCUUUCCAGGUGAGUUCAAGAACCAAGGCGGAGUAAAUCCGGUUUUGCUAAUCACCAUUCUUCUGGGUGCCGCACUUGCCAUCUACUUCUUCCUGGUGCGGGAAAAACUAUAGUCUUGUACAUGAAAAUAAAUAACUUCUAGUUUUGCUAAAAGGCUGGACGAAAUAUGAUCGAUAUAGAUAACCGGCAUCGGUUCGGUAAGAAAAUGAAAAGCUCCCGUAAACCUAAAAGAUAAACCGACCAGGACCAGGGCGGCCGAUUUGUAUUUUUUUUUCUACCACCACAAGAGCGCGGAUUUGUAUUUUUUUUUCUUCGUCAAUUUUCAUUUUGAAUGGAGAUGGACUAGCAAUUGAUUGGUCAUGCAACGGUGGUGCGCGCCUGCCUCUGUACGCGCGCAAGACUCGUGCAGUGUCGCGUGUGUCUACCGUGACCAUACCAGGCCGGUUUUUUUUUUAAUUGCGAUCAUUGGACGACGAUGAAGAUGAUGAAUAAACCACUUGUACUUUUUGGAUAGUCUUUUCGCGCAAAGACUUCAUACUUUUACGCCACGCAACGAAGAACAAAAACAUAACAUCACAACACACAAGCCACAAAAGGCUGCCGUUGUCGCGGUGCCCCCGACGCCAAUG